GCCAGCGGGGCGCGCAGCCGGCUCCUGCCUGCGCACGGGCUUCCAGGCGCUGCCAGAGAAAACUCAGGCCUGACCCUGAGGAGUGCACACCCUGUGCCUUCCCUCUCCCUGAAAGGAGAGAAAACGCUUCCAGCUCUGCUGAGAGCGCACUUUCUGCAGCAGCUCCCGCCAGCGUUCCCUGCUUCUGCGUCUCCGCCGCGGGACCCCUGGAUUUUCUCUGGGGAGAGGAAACCUCCUUCCCAAAGCCGUCUGUCUGCCUUUGGCGCCUGAGCUGCUUCCAAGUGUCAGUGCGCGAGGGAUGCCCAGCCCGGGCGAGGCGCAAUGAAGAGGCGAGAGGAGGGUUGAGCGCAGAGAGGCCGCGGUCAGGGUCCCUUGCUCGGCCCCGCGCCCAUCUCUCUCCCCGGGGUGGGGCCGGGUGGGGGUGGGCCGAGGCGUGGACUCGGGGAAGCCUCGGCGGCGACGGCAAUAAAAGGACGCGGGCUCGCCGUGCCUCGCUGGGAAGCCAUGCCGCUCGCCCCUGGCCCCGGGAAGGGCAUGGCCCUGGAGGACCGCCGGCCUUGACUCGCUCGCCGGGUCUUGUGGAUGCUCCCCGCGCGCCCCUCCAGCCGGCCGCUGCUUCCCAAGGGCAGGUAAACUGGUACCCAGGAGUCACGCACCGCGACAAGAUGCCGACGCACGCGCGCUGGGGGGCUCUCUCCGUGGUGCUGAUUCUAGUCUGCGGACAGUCAACAGCCUUCGCGGCCUGCCCUCACCCCUGCGCCUGCUACGUUCCCAGCGAGGUCCAUUGCACGUUUCGCUCCUUGGUUUCCGUGCCCGCUGGGAUUUCUAAACAUGUGGAAAGAAUCAAUUUGGGGUUCAAUAGUAUACAGGCCCUCUCGGAAACCUCAUUUGUAGGAUUGACUAAGUUGGAGCUUCUCAUGAUUCACGGCAACAACAUCCCAAGCAUCCCCGAUGGGGCUUUACAAGACCUAAAUUCUCUACAGGUUUUCAAGUUCAGUUACAAUAAGCUGAGAGUGAUCACAGGGAAAACCCUCCAGGGACUCUCGAGCUUAAUACGGUUGCACAUCGACCACAACAAAAUCGAGUUUAUACACCCACAAGCUUUCAAUGGCUUAACGUCCCUACGGCUACUGCAUUUAGAAGGAAACUUGCUCCAACAGCUGCACCCCAGCACCUUCUCCACGUUCACGUUUCUGGAUUAUUUCAGACUGUCCACCAUCCGUCACCUGUAUUUAGCUGAGAACAUGAUCAGAACUCUUCCUACUGGGAUGCUUCAGAACAUGCCACUUCUGGAGAAUCUCUACCUGCACGGCAAUCCGUGGACCUGUGACUGUGAGAUGAAGUGGAUUUUCGAAUGGGAUGCAAAGUCCAGAGGGAUUCUGAAGUGUAAAAAGGACAAGGCUUAUGAAGGUGGGCAGCUGUGUGCUAUGUGCUCCAGCCCCAAGAAGCUGCUGGGACAAGAGAUUCACAAGCUGAAAGACAUUGCCUGUGCAAAGCCGGUCAUAGAAUCUCCCCUGAGACACAACACAAAUGGGAUUAGCCAGGAGGAGCAGGACCCCGAGGAGGAAAGUGACACGCAGCAGUCCCUGGACGGCUUCCAACUGCCCCAGUGGAACAUCUCCUUGAACAUGACCGAUGAGCACGGGAACACUGUCCAUCUAGCCUGUGACAUCAAGAAGCCCAUGGAUGUUUACAAAAUUCACCUGAACCAAACGGAUCCUCAGGAGAUGGAAAUAAACGCAACCAUCGCCUUGGACUUUGAGUGUCCAAUGACUCGGGAAAACUAUGAAAAACUGUGGAAAUUGAUAGCGUAUUACAGUGAAGUCCCAGUGACCUUGCACCGUGAGCUCAUGCUGAGUAAAGACCCGAGACCGAGCUGCCAGUACAGGCAACAUGCAAACGAUGAUGCCCUUUACUACACGGGCGUCAGAGCCCAUAUCAUAGCAGAGCCAGAAUGGGUCAUGCAGCCAUCCAUCGACAUCCAACUGAACCGGCGCCAGAGUAUGGCCAAAAAGGUGCUGCUCUCAUAUUACACACGGUAUUUUCAAACGGUGUCCAUGAAAGAUUUGGGGCGAGCUCGGAGCAGAAGCUGGGUAAUGAUCGAGCCAAGUGGAGUUGUGCAAAGAGCUCAGACUGUCCUGGAAGGGGGGCACUGCCAGCUGAGUUGCAAUGUAAAGGCUUCCCAGAGUCCAUCCAUCCUCUGGGUGCUUCCAGAUGGUUCUCUUGUGAAAGCACCAAGGGAUGAGAAGGACAGCAGAUUCUCCAUCCUCAGCAGUGGCCAGCUGAGGAUCAACUCAGUGGAGCACAGCGAUUCUGGUUUGUACCAGUGUGUUGCACAGGUGAAGGAUGAAACAGAUCAAAUGGUGUACAGGGUCCUUGUGCAGGGGCCCACCACCCAGCCCCCUGAUAGACACACGGUGAUGAUUGACAAAAACCCUGGGAAGACGGUGAUGUUGCCUUGUACUGCACUGGCUGUACCGGAAGCCCAGCUCAGCUGGAUUCUUCCAAACAAAAGGAUAGUUAAUGAUUUGGCCAAUGCAUCACACGCAUACAUGUUUGAAAAUGGAACCCUUUACAUCCCCAAGGUCCAAGUCAGUGACAGUGGUUACUACAGAUGUGUGGCUGUCAAUCAACAAGGGGCAGACCAUUUUACUGUGGGGGUCACAGUGAAGAAGAAUGGAUCCAGCAGGUCAUCAAAAAGAGGCAGACGCCCAGAUGUAAAGUCUCUCUCCAGGCUAAGAGGAGAUGUCGUGGAGGAUGAAGGAGGAUCAGGCAUAGAAGAUGAAGAUAACUCUUUAAGGAGAGCUCCACAUCCCAAGGACCAAGAAGUGCUGGUUAAAACAAAGGAUGAUGCCAGCUUUGGAGGUAAGAAGCACAAGAAGGGUCGAAGAAAAUUGAAACCCUGGAAGAACUCUGAGAAAGAACCAGAGACGAGCACUGCGGAAGGUCGCAGAGUGUUUGAGUCCAGACGAAGGAUAAACAUGACAAACAAACAGAUAAAUCCUCAGCACUGGGCAGAUAUUUUAGCUCGGGUACGUGGGAAAAAUCCCCUUAAGGGCACAGAACUACCCCAGGUCAUAGAAACGACUCCUCCAUCCAUGAGUCUAGAAAUUAUACCCCUCUCGCCUGCUGUUCCUCCACCCUCAAGGUCUCCUGCACAGACAGCAGCUAGUGUGGAAGAAUCCUCAGCAGACAUGUCUCUAUUCAAUGAGGAGGAGCAUGUGUCAAGUACUAUUUCCUCAACCGCAAUCAUACAAGAACCUGGUCACAGUGGAGCAAUUCUUGCUGAACCCAAAGUAACAAGCACACAACUGGACGAAGUUAUUCAUCAUGAGUUUUCUGAGAACACUGAGGAGACAACUCCCACAGAAGCUGACUUGAAGAGGGCAUACACAACACUGACAUCUUUGCCUUAUGAAUCUUCUCCUACUCUACAGACCAUGGAUACAUUCUAUGAAGAGCUCACCCAUGAAGAGGUAGCAACAGAGGGAUUGUCCACAGCAGUAGGUGUUGAAUCCAUGCAACAGCCCACAUCCAAUGAGGAUGAGCCUCUGUUAGAUGCCACCUCUUUGGAUGAGUCUGAGAUGCGACCAGGUGAGGAUAAAAUGAAAGAGCAGACUUCCACUCACCUCAUGCCAACCUCCACCAUGUGGGCUGCAGAGUUUGAGACAUCUGAGUUAUUUGAAGGUCCAGCAUUAGGGAAGCCACACAUUCCAGCCCAAACACAUCAACAAGGACAAACAGACUACACCCAACCUAUGAAAGGGGAUUCAAGCACUGAAGGCAUCCCACCAAUUAAAAAGGGCAUGGAGAACUCGCAGAUACCAUGGGAAGGAGAUAUUCUAGAGAGAGAACCCAUAGGCUCCCAAAGUCCUGAGAGUGAGGGGGAGGAUUUGGAACCAGAUUCUCUCCCUGCCUCUGCCCUGGGAGUGCUGAGUAGCAUUGCUUCAUAUAAAGAGCCCGAGGAAACCACAUCAGUCACUCCAUUACACAAGGACUCCACUACUACAGCAAGAAUGAUGCCAACCCAAAAGGCUGCCUCAUCACCCGAACCAACCACUCACCCUUCUCGAAGGAGACCCAGUGGGAGGAAGAGAUUACGACCCCACAGAUUUCGCCAACGGCAAAAGCAAACUGCAACUCUUGCCCCAACUGAGACUUUUUCUACUCAACCAACUCAAGCCCCUGAAGUGAAGACUACAAAUACAGUGGAGGCUUCACUUUUUCCUACAGCAUGGGUUGAUAACACAGUUGCUAUCCCCAAACUCUUGGACAUGGAGAAGCAUGCAGAUCCAGGAUCCAAAGGAAACUCACGAAGGAAACACCUGAAGGAGCCAAAUAAACAUCGGUAUACCUCUUCCACAGUGAGAUCCAGAACGGCUGCAUUCAAGCCCACGUUUCCCCCAGAAAAUGAGCAUAAAAACAUUAUUACUCCCACUUCAGAAACACUACUUUCACCUAAAACAGUUCCUCUAAAAACUGAGGACUUACACGCAACAACUAGGACAAAAGAUUAUAUGACUACCACCCCCAAAAUGCAUUUAUCUCAAUUUAAAGUCCAAGAAACAAUUGCAGUGACAGGUAAAUAUGUAUUAGAUGGAAAAGAAGUUAAAAAGGAUUAUGGUGUCACAAACAAAAAUGACUAUAAAACUAGCACUUUAGUCCCUGGUGAGUCUGCUAUUGAUCUUGUUUCACAUGCUGGCUCAGUCAUCUCCACUGUGGGAAACUUUAAGGAAGAAUCCUCUCCUUUAGGGUACCCAAGCACUCUGAGCUGGAAUCCUCCAAAGGCACCACCACCUGAGAGGCUACAGACCUAUGAGCCUGUUACCAGUUCUUGGGGAACCGUGGAAACCACAGAGCCACCUCUUUUGAAAGAGUUGGAGAAUCUGGAUUUUUCUUCUGAGUUUUCACCAUCCAUUGCGGUCUCUACACCAUCUCAACAGGAAGAAGUUGCUGCUUCAGCUACUGUGUCAAACAUAAAAGUAGAGUCUUCUUCAGGACAAGUAGAAACCACCCCCAGGGAUCAGGAUCAAUAUGAAACUACCUUGGCUAUCACCCAUUCUGAAAUCAGCCCACAGAAGCAUGUCUCUACACUUACCCCACUGGAGGAAACAACAUCCCCUUUCUCCCCUACAACUUUUGUGUCUUUGGCAGAAACCACCACAAAACCUACACCUCUUCCUUCAAGCAAAUCUUAUACAUCAGCAAAGUCCAAGGAAAACACUUUAUUUAAUUAUGUGGGAAUCCCAGAUACCAAAGCACCACCUGUGAAAAAUGAGGGAACCCAGCAUAUAUGGAGACCAAAUGAAUUAUCCACUCCCUCUUCCCACCAGAACAAAAUUAAUGUAUCUCAAAAGCAGGAGUUACGAAAGGAGAUAUUUGAUGCAAAGACCCAAAACAGUCUACCACGAGAUCCGGGUCACUGCCAGGAUGGGGGUGUACAUGUGUUCCAACAACCAGCUCAAGUUCCCACCAAAGCUAUCCCCCCAAUGGGGACAGCAAAACCACUGCCUGUGACCACACGAAGUUCCCUUGGAUAUUUUGUGACUUCCCAGCCACCUCAUCACUUGACCAACAAACCAGAAAUAACUCCACAUCCUUCCAGGCUUUUUCCAGAGAGCAAGCACUUUGUGACUCCAAAAUUACCCACCACAACUCCUGUUCCAUUGCACAGACCCAAACCCAGCAUCCCUAGUAAAGUUGGUGACCAAGGAACUGACAGAUUCUGUGCCAGCUCCAAAGUGUUUGGAAAUAACAACAUUCCUGAUCAAAGAAGCCCAGUGUGGAAACUACCAAGUUCAAGAAGCCCUCAUUAUUCUAACGGCAGAGUCCCUUUUGUCUUCAACCAGACCUUUGCGUUCCCACAGUUAGGAGUCACCCUGAAGCCACAGACACCCACAACUCCUGUCCCGGUGACAAGAGAGAGAAAAGUUAAACCAGGUCCCUCUACUAGGAUACAUUCCCAAAGUAUCAUCCAUGUAGACUUUGGCCCACCAGCCCCUCCAUUGGUCCACCCUCCCAGGACCGUGUUGCCACCCUCAACUCAUUUACAGAAUAUCCCCCCAGUCUAUUCCACCCGGAGCCCCAUCCCUUUUGUGACAUCGGUUGGCCAGCCUUCCAGAAACUUCCACCAGAGCAGCUCCAAACUCUUAACAAUUGGAGGACCACCUGCAUCCAAAUUCUGGAUAGUUGGAGAAAAGCCCCAGAUUAUCACCAAAUCCUCGCAGGUUGUGUCCGUCACGGCGGAGACAGAUGUGGCGUUCCCAUGCGAAGCAACUGGGAAACCCAAGCCUUUCAUUACCUGGACGAAGGUUUCCACAGGGGCUCUCAUGAUGCCUAACACGAAGAUACAGCGGUUUGAAGUCCUGAAGAACGGGACAUUUGUCAUCCGAAAUGUCCAGGCUCAGGACAGGGGACAGUACCUGUGCACCGCCGAGAAUUUGCACGGAGUAGACCAGAUGUUGGUCCUGUUAUCCGUGACCGUGCAACAGCCCCAAAUCCUCGCCUCCCACUAUCAGGAUGUCACCGUGUACCUGGGAGACACAAUCGCCAUGGAGUGUCUGGCCAAGGGGACCCCCGUCCCCCAGAUUUCCUGGAUUUUCCCUGACAGGACAGUGUGGCAGAACGUGUCCCCCGUGGAGGGUCGGGUCACUCUGCACAAAAACCGAACCCUGUCCAUCAAGGACGUGUCCUUCUCGGACAGAGGCGUCUACAAGUGCGUGGCGAGCAACGCGGCGGGCGCGGACAGCCUGGCCAUCCGCCUCCACGUGGCCGCGCUGCCUCCGGUCAUCCACCAAGAGAGGCAGGAGAACAUCACGCUGCCCCCGGGGCUCAGCAUCCACAUCCACUGCACCGCCAAGGCCGCGCCCCUGCCCAGCGUGCGCUGGCUGCUGCGGGACGGCACGCAUAUCCUGCCCUCGCAGUUCCUCCACGGGAACCUGUUUGUCUUCCCCAACGGCACGCUCUACAUACGCAACCUGGCGCCCAAGGACAGCGGCCGCUACGAGUGCGUGGCCGCCAAUCUGGUGGGCUCUGCGCGCAGGACAGUGCAGCUGACCGUGCAGCGCGCGGCCGCCAAUGCGCGCAUCACCAGCGCGUCGCCGCGGCGCACCGAUGUCAGGUACGGUGGGCUCCUGCGCCUGGACUGCAGUGCCUCCGGGGACCCCUGGCCGCGCAUCAUCUGGAGACUGCCCUCCAAGCGCAUGAUGGACUCGCUGUUCAGCUUCGAUCCCAGAAUCAAGGUGUUCACCAACGGCACGCUGAUGGUGAAGUCCGUCACAGACAAAGAUGCGGGAGAUUAUCUGUGUGUUGCCCGGAAUAAAAUUGGGGAUGAUUAUGUCAUGCUGAAGGUGAAUGUGGUGAUGAAACCAGCCAAGAUUGAGCACAAGGAGGAGAACGAUCACAGGGUCUUCUACGGGGGUGACCUGAAAGUGGACUGUGUAGCUUCGGGAUUGCCAGACCCCGAUAUCUCCUGGAGCCUCCCAGAUGGAAGUCUGGUCAAUCCUUUCAUGCAGUCCGAUGACAGCGGUGGGCGGACCAAGCGGUACAUGGUUUUCAACAAUGGGACACUCUACUUCAAUGAAGUGGGGAUGAGAGAAGAAGGGGACUACACCUGCUUUGCCAAAAACCAGGUUGGGAAAGACGAAAUGAGGGUACGUGUGAAGGUGGUGACAGAGCCGACGGCCAUCCGGAAUAAGAAGUACUCCAUUGUCCAAGUUCUCUACGGAGAUGUGGUCACCGUGGCAUGUGAGGCCAAAGGGGAGCCAACGCCAAAGGUGACUUGGCUUUCUCCAACCAGCAGGCUCAUCCCCACCUCCUCGGACAAGUACCAAGUCUUCCAGGAUGGCACCCUCCUGAUUCAAAAGGCCCAGCGGUCAGACAGUGGCAACUACACCUGUGUGGUCAGAAACAGUGCAGGGGAGGACAGAAAAAUUGUCUGGAUCCAUGUCAACGUCCAGGCACCCAAGAUCAAUGGCAACCCCAAUGCUAUCACCACGGUGCGGGAGAUAGCUUCUGGAGGGAGCCGGAAACUCAUUGACUGCAAAGCAGAAGGCAUCCCCACGCCAAGGGUGUUAUGGGCUUUCCCGGAAGGCGUGAUUCUUCCAGCACCAUACUAUGGAAAUCGGAUUACCGUCCAUCGCAACGGCACGCUGGACCUCAGGAUACUGAAAAAGAGUGAUUCGGUACAGCUGGUGUGCAUCGGACGUAAUGAGGGAGGCGAAGCCAGGCUCAUUGUUCAACUCACUGUGUUGGAUCCAGUGGAGAAACCUGUCUUCCAUGACCCAGUCAGUGAAAAGAUCACCGCCAUGGCUGGACACACGAUCAGCCUCAACUGCUCGGCCACAGGGAUCCCGACACCCACCGUAUUGUGGCUCCUUCCCAAUGGGACGGAGCUCCAGAGUGGCAAACAGCUGCAGAGAUUCUACCACAAGAAAGAUGGCAUGCUGCAUAUCAGCAGCCUGUCCUCUGCAGAUGCGGGGGCUUACCGCUGCGUGGCACGCAACUCCGCUGGCCACUCGGAGAGGCUGGUGUCCCUGAAGGUGGGGCUGAAGCCCGAAAUCAGCAACCAGUGCAAUAACCUGGUGAGCAUCAUCAACGGCGAGACAUUGCAUCUCCAUUGUGCCAUUCCGGGAGGUCAGCAGGCACGUUUCUCUUGGACGCUGCCCAAUGGCAUGGUUUUGGAGGGUCCCCAGGCCAUCGGACGCUUUUCCCUUUUGGAAAAUGGCACCCUCACUGUGCGUGAGGCUUCGGUGUUUGACAGGGGGAGCUACAUGUGCAAACUGGAGACUGAGUACGGCCCAUCCGUGACGAACGUCCCGGUCAUCGUGAUAGCCUAUCCUCCCCGCAUCACCAGCGAGCCGAUGCCUGUCAUUUAUGCCAGGCCCGGGAGCACCGUGAAAAUGAACUGCAUGGUGAUGGGCAUUCCCAAAGCAGACGUUACGUGGGAGCUGCCAGACAAAUCGCAUCUGUCCGCCGGAGCUCAGGCGCGGCUCUACGGAAACAAAUUCCUUCACCCACAGGGAUCCUUAACCCUUCAGCACGUCACACAGAGAGACACUGGCUUCUACAAGUGCACAGCAAAAAACAUCCUGGGCAGUGACUCAAAAACAACUUAUAUCCAUGUCUACUGAGAUACCUAAUGGAGAAAGUGGACUCCGGAGUCACUGCUUGGGAAGUGACAACAAAGUGUCAUUUGUCAGGAAAGCUGGGGCUGAGAAUCAGAGCUCCACACCGAUUUGUCAAGAGUCACAGGGAGCCCCAUGGGUGAGUUUCAAGUUGCAGUUGAACUUGACCUUUGCUUCUCAGCAAAAAGGAAGCGAUCGAGACACAGAAACAACGAGCCAGCCUCUCUGGGAGCUUCUUUUCAUGUUUAUAGGAUGUAAUGUUCUCUCAUCUGGCAAUUCAUGGUGCCUGAGACUCAAACUGCAAUUUCUGUUUAACCAAUGCUACUUCACUGCCUUGAUGACUAUUAUCAGGACGUCUAAGAGGCAUUCACGGAAAAUAUGCUAUUGAGAUUAAAAAAGUGCCUUGCAAACACACUGAUGUUGCUUCACCUAGUUAACUUGCUGCAGUUUUAACAUGCUAGAAUGCCCAAUAGUGAGUGGUAAUCUUUUGGUUAUUCCCUUAUCACUUCAAAACUCCGGUUUUUCACACAAGGGUUUAAAAUCAGAGGGGUCCAUUUUUAAUGCACAGUUUCCUACAUCACGUCUACCACUUUAUAUGAAAGACCUCUUUCUCCCUGGAACUCACUUUUUUAUAUACUGUGAUAUAUAUAUAUUUUUUCUUUCUAAUCAGACUAUGAGACUAGGAAGGGAAAGACAUACUCUGUCUCAUUAAAAAUAAUAAAUUAUUGGUCUUUACAAGACUUGGAUACAUUACAAGCAGGCAUGGAAAUACAUUUAUUUUUUUAAUUUCCUCCCCACCCAACUUCCAAUUUAGUAACCACUAUUAGAUUACUUUUCCCAGCAGCAGGGGAGGCUGAGAUGAUGGAUUUGCUUGUGUGUAAAGUUCAUCUUGAGAACUGUGGUGGGUGUAGAGGACAGGAGGGGAAUCAGAAAGCUAAGGCUUGACCUUAAAAGAAUGGAAUCCAGAACUUUCUGGACAAGUCUGCAACCUUUUUCUGCAGCAUACAAGCUGGUCAUCUGGUCUACCACAGCCCUCUGUGGCAGCCCUUCCCCCCGUCACAGGUCACUCAGUGGCCACAGAUGGUAGAAGACCUAAAUUUCUGUGACUGCUUUACUGUAUUUUUAAGGUCAAUAGACUGUACAUUUGAUAAUAAAAGAAUA